AUGCUGAAUUACGACAAAAUGGAGAAGAUUGGAGAGGGCACCUAUGGUACAGUAUUCAAAGCGAGAAACAAAAGUUCCGGAGAGAUUGUAGCGUUGAAAAGAGUGAGAUUAGAUGAUGAUGAUGAGGGUGUGCCGAGCUCUGCACUCCGAGAAAUCUGUAUUCUCCGCGAGUUGAAACAUAGAAACGUAGUGAGAUUAUACGAUGUGGUGCACUCGGAGAACAAAUUGACGCUGGUUUUCGAAUUUUGCGAUCAGGAUUUAAAGAAGUUUUUCGACUCUCUGAAUGGAUAUAUGGACGCCCAAACCGCCCGUUCUCUGAUGCUUCAACUUCUCCGUGGACUCUCAUUCUGUCAUACUCAUCAUGUACUUCAUAGAGAUCUGAAACCCCAGAAUUUGCUGAUUAACACCAAUGGAACUCUGAAAUUAGCGGAUUUCGGACUGGCCAGGGCUUUUGGAGUGCCUGUUCGAUGUUUCAGCGCAGAAGUCGUCACUUUGUGGUAUCGACCGCCCGAUGUUCUGUUCGGCGCGAAGUUGUAUAACACUUCUAUCGACAUGUGGUCGGCUGGAUGUAUUUUUGCAGAAAUCUCCAAUGCGGGCCGCCCGUUAUUCCCCGGCGCUGAUGUCGACGAUCAACUGAAACGGAUUUUUAAGCAACUCGGAAGUCCGACGGAAGACUCGUGGCCAUCGAUUACCCAGUUACCCGAUUAUAAGCCCUACCCAAUCUAUCAUCCGACACUCACUUGGAGUCAAAUUGUGCCGAAUUUGAAUACACGUGGACGUGAUCUUUUGCAGAAACUCCUUGUGUGCAAUCCGACUGGAAGAAUUGACGCCGACGCGGCCCUACGUCAUGCGUACUUUGCGGAUACUUCCGACGUCUAG